GUACUGCCAUUCGGGAAAAAGCUAUACCGAUUGCGGGCAACGCGACAUAACCUGUGCAGAAACGCGUGAAUCUUAUCUGUGGUAUUAUUAGGAGAAAAAUCGCACGAGCAAUAGUCUACUUUGUUGAAUCUACAAAAUUUUGUAUACAAUACAGAGAUAUAAGAUACGUGAAAUGGCACAGGGAAAACUUAAAGUUAAAACAAAGCUACCGGCUUCGGUAAAGACGAAAGCCAAUAAGAGUAAGGCGAAGAAAAGUCCGCCUAUUCAAAGACGUGGAAAUGCUCCUGUUCAGCCUAAGAAGACAAAGUUACAAGAAGCACAGAAACUUAAGAAAAUUAUGUCAAAAACUGUAAACAUUGCAGUGGAAGAUGAAUUACGUGAGAAAGCCUUAGAGGGAAGAAAAACUCUCACAAAAAAAGAUUCUUCCAAUUCGACAAAACAAUAACAUUGAUAUUAUUAUACUUGUGUAUAUAAAUAUAUUGUUGAACAUAUUAUUUUAUAUAUAUAAAUAUAUAAUUUAAUUAAAUAAGGUUAUUCUAUUUAAAACGCCUUAUGUUGAAAAGAGGGAUAUAGUGAAAAGAGAUAUAUUUUUCUAUAUUUAUUGUAUUCACUUAAAUGAAAUUUAACUUAUGUCUAGGUAACGUUUAUAAGUUAUUGACAAACCAAUUUGAAUCGCUUUCAUCUUUCUAUCAGAAUAAAUAUUCCUUAGUAAUAUUAUCUAAUUUACAAGGAAAUAUACAUGAGACCUUAUAGCACUCUAUGCCUUUCGUAUUUAUAUCAAUAAUUUGACGUAAUCUAUACGUCAGAACGAAAGAUCUAUGUAUGUCGUUUCAUCAUCUUAUUGCAAUAAAAUAAAAAAUCGUUAGAGC